AUUGUUUUUCAUUCUCGUAAUCCCUGCUGCGUCCUGAAAAAGCUUUUUCUGCGUCAACAUUUAUCGCUGAAUGAUAAAGGGAUAAGCAUUUUAGAAAGUUAUACCAUUCAGGGAAUAUCAUUCUUUUGUGAAACUCAGAAUUCAAUAUUAUACUAUACUAUACACUCUACCUGAAUUACUAAUCUCUACAGGUGCAAUACCAUCAUUUAUACCAUAAUGUUAUUUUAUGUUGCACACAUAUACCAUGUUAUUUUAUGUUUCUGCACAUACUUUACGAACAAGCUAGGGCGAUCAUGCACGAUACUAAAAUUUACAUGUGAAAAAAAAUUAACUAAAUUAUGCUUAAUAAGCUAGAAUAAACACAAGCAAUAAACAGAAAAUAACAGUAGUACUACAAAGUUUCAUUUCAAACUUUGAGCUAUUCUGAGUAAAGUUUAGUCCCACUGUGGUUUAGUGCUGAAUCUUACUCAAUCCUAAUUUACUUUUGAAAUAUUGAAACUAGUAAUAAUGUGUCGUGCAAAAUCCCAUAUUGGUUGCAUAGCAACAGCAAACAAAUUAGAACUCAUUUAUUGUUUUAAAUUCUAAUAAAUACUGGAUAUGAAAGAUUGUUGCAGUCUUUGUAGAUAUAUUGAUGUUAUCGUUUACUUUGAUAAAUGAAUACGAUGCAGUCGUUAAAACGAAAAAAGAUAAAAGUACGUCCAUCGUCAGCAUCUGGCUUAUUGCAGUCUAAAGAUGUGCAACAUCUUUUGGAUGAACUUCGCCCAGUAACUGCACCAGGAAAAUCUCAAAUAGGAUUUGAUCCAACAUUUUUAACAUCUCGUCAUCAUGUAGCAGGAAAGUCUACAUCUUUCUCGGAAAAAGGAAGACAGGUUCACGGUGGAAUUCCUCAAUAUGAUUUGAAAGCAAACGUUGGACGAAGAGCAACACUUUGUGAAGUCGAUCUUGACAAAAUACAGCGUCCAUUGACAGCAGCUGAACAGAAACUUACAAAAAAACUGGAGGAUCAGAUAACCCUGGGGCAGUUAAAUGAAAUGAGACAAGCAUUUGAGGAAGGUGGUAUUGACAAUAGUGGAAACCUAAAUCUUGAAGAAUUCAAAGAAGUCUUUCUUAACUUUUUUAGUAUAAAAGGAAAGAGUGAAGAUCAAAUCACAGAAUUGUUUAUGAAGAUUGAUUCAUCUGCUGAUGGUGAAAUUACAUGGAAUGAGUUUUGUACAUAUAUGCAACUGGAAUAUGCCGAGAAAGAAGCCUCAUAUCUUCGAUCUAAAAAAACGGCAUUUUAUGUUCCCGCUACAAUUGAAAGCUCUCCUCACCGUGAACAAGUUUUAACAAUAUGUCACACAUCCGACAACACGUCACUAUGUGUCAGUAAGGACGGUGUCGUGUCUUUUUGGUCUCCAAGUUUAGAUUAUAAAAGAUCAAAACAAUUAGAAACAUCAUGCAAGAAGUCAAAGUGGAUCACAGAUUUUGUGUUAAUGCCACAAUUCAACAAACUUAUCAUUUCAACAGGCGACCGUGAGAUUCAGUUUCAUGAAUUAUCAACGUUUGAGCCUUAUUGUCAAAUAAGUGGUCUGGAAACUACUCCUUUAAAGAUGGAAUAUAAAUCAACGGGGCAAGAUGAAAGCAUACUAUUACUUGGUGAUAGUCUGGGAUGCAUAAGUAUAUUUAUUUUGUCCUCAACUGGCAAAUCUUUGAGGACUUGGAAGAAAAUGCCAAAAGUUGAUGGAAUAGCAAAUGUCAAUGUUGACAGUGUAGUUAGUUCUGAAAAUAUAAAAUUUGUGAGAUGGAAAGUUCACAAUGAUUGGGUUUCACAGCUAAAUUAUUAUGAAUCACUUCGCGCUGUCAUCUCUUGUUCAAACGAUUCACAAACAUCCUUAGUUAUUGGUCAGACAAUUGGCAGUACGAACAUUGAGUCCGUUGGUCAAUCAGGAUAUUCUGGCAAUCAACGAAAAUUGUUUCACGGCGCAGGCUCAAGAGAUAAUCAACCACCAAGACGACAAGAUGCAGACCACACUGUCUUUAAAAUUUAUAAAGGAGUUAAAACAUUUGAUUUUUCUAGUGAGAAAAAUGUUAUUGUUACUGGAGGAAUGGAUCGUUUGAUCCGAGUUUGGAAUCCUUAUGUCCCAAGCAAACCUACAGGAAUUCUUCGUGGACAUUGUGCACCUAUUUUUUACCUUUGUAUCACUGCUCAAGAUAACAGAAUAUUUAGUGUUUCUACAGAUAAAACAGUCAAGGUCUGGGAUUUGAACGACCAAUGUGCAUUGUUUAGCGUUGGCGGGAAAACUCAUAAAAUAAGAGGAGAUCUGUCUGCUGUUCAUUAUAACUUCUUUAUCCAAACUCUCGCGAUUGUAACCUCUGAUCAAGUUGGCUGGCUCACGCUUAAGACCAGAUUAUCGUCGUCAGAUCUAACUUUGACACAUAAAGAAGCUAUAUAUUGUGUCAAGUAUAAUAGCAGUUUUAAACAUGUGGUCACUGCCUCUGAGGGUUCGGUGAUUAAAGUAUGGGAUGUUGAAACUGGACAUCAAGUGUUUGAAUUCAGUGAAGCUCACAAUAAAAGUGGUAUAACCAGUGUAACUUUUGAUUCUACCCAGAGAAGAUUGAUUUCGGGAGGGCGAGAUGGCUGUUUAAAAAUAUGGAAUUACAAUAAUGGUCAUUGUCUGCGAACUUUACAAAAAGAUACAAAUAUUGAUGAAGUCACAUCAUUGACCUACGUCGUUAUGAACAGAAAUAGAUAUAUUAUAUCUGUUGGUUGGGAUAGAACAAUAAACGUUUUUCUUGAUGAUACGACAGAUUUUCGACAUACUCAGCAGCCUUAUUUACGAUGGGACGAUGAUUUAAUAAACGGACAUAAAGAAGAUAUUCUAGCUGUCGUUUCUUGUCCUCCAAAUUUACUCGCUACUUCCAGUUUUGAUGGCGAGGUGAUCGUAUGGAACAUGGUAUCCGGGCAUAUACUCUGUCAUAUUUCCUCACCAUUUCGUCUAGAUGCGUCUCAUGGUGGAGAGAAUGCUGUUGUUUCAUUGGUCUUUUUGACGUCUAGAAGUGGACUCAAGUCGUCGGCUAUGUUAGUUUCUAGUGGCCCUCAAGCUAUUGUUCAUUUUUGGAAUGUGUACAACGGUGGUUCAUUAUUUGGUCAUAUACCCAAGUCAGAAUUCGAAAUCACUGCUAUGACAAGCGACGAAGAAAACAUGAUUCUGAUUACCGCAGAUCACGCAGGAUUUAUUUAUACAUGGGAUUUAGAAAAUUACUGUUUAUCUAUGAAGAGUGAAACUCCUCCACGACGUAUCGGACACUGGCGGGCUCACGUUCAAGAAAUCACAUGCCUAGACAUUGGCGAAACGUAUGACGUAUUACUGACGUCAUCCAUUGAUUGCACUGUUCGCUUGUGGACUAUGAACGGUCAUUUUAUUGGUACAUUUGGUCAGCCAAAACUGUGGGACAUUAACCAGGAGGUGUCAUAUCAGCAUCCAAUGGUACCCUAUGAUGUAUUAGUUGAUCCUCUAAGUGUUCCUAAACAUCCUAUUUUUAAUGACCAUGAUACAAACGACGAGAUUGUGGAAGUUGAUGAAGUCAAACAUGAAGUUCAAUCUGUUGGUAGUACUGAUGAUUCAGCCAGCAAAGAACACCAUGUUAAUAGUAAUCUUAGACUUGAUGAUCAGCACAUCUCCAAUGAUUUAAAAGAAAGAAUUUCCAAAAACAGUAUGGGAAAACGAUUACGACACGAAAAACUGCGUCAAAAAACUCAAAUGUUUGAUGUUGGUCCUAACGCGUAUCAAUCUUUAACCUGUUAUGAUCUUGAAGUGGCUCCCAAAAUCCCAUCACCACCUGAUACGUCCAUAAUAGAUGAUCCUUUAAACAUCAAAUUUUAACUAAAUAUUCAUUGGCUGCUGCGCACUAUAACUAUGUAUGAUUAAAAAGAAUGCGACUUUCUCCUUUGGCUUUACGUAAUUUAUAAAACUGUUUUAACGUUUCUGCUGAGGGAGCGUGGGUGCUGGGGCAAAGCUAGAACACUAAUUGAGGGUGGGGGAGGGGGUUAGUGGUGAAUAUUCAUAUAUUAAGCAGUGACCAACUGAUUUCUUCUAGAUUAAAAUCGCUUUCAAAAGAAAUCAGUCAAGCAAAGCUGAAUACAUGAAUAUUCACUGCCCCCUCCCGAUGAUUUAUGACAAUAAUUUGUGCACUAAUGUAUUAAUUUAAAAAACUACUAAAUAUUUUCAGUGUAUUUCGACAUUUCAUGAGAAAUGUUAUUCUUACAAAUAAAAAUAAUCCCUCCAAAAA